AUGUUCGAGAUGCGCCUGGUCCAGGGCUCCAUCCUAGAGGCACUUAAGGACCUCAUCAACGAGGCCUGCUGGGACAUCAGCUCUAGCAGCGUGAACUUGCAGAGCAUGGUCACCCUGCGCUCCAAGGGCUUCCACACGUACCACUGCGACCACAACCUGGCCAUGGGUGUGAACGUUACUAGCAUGUCCAAAAUCCUAAAGUGUGCCAGCAAUGAAGACAUCAUUACACUAAGGGCUGAAGAUAAUGUGAACAUGUUGACAUUCGUUUUUGAAGCUCCAAAUCAAGAAAAUCUUUCAGACUAUGAAAUGAAGUUAAUUGAUUUAGAUGUUGAACAACUUGGGAUUCCAGAACAAGAAUAUAGCUGUGUUGUAAAGAUGCCUUCUGGUGAAUUUGCACGUGUAUGCCGAGAUCUCAGUCAUAUUGGAGAUGGUAUUGUAAUUUCCUGUGCAAAGGAUGGAGUGAAAUUUUCUGCAAGUGGAGAACUUGGAAACGGAAAUAUUAAGUUGUCACAAACAAGUAAUGUCGAUAAAGAAGAGAUGAAUGAGCCAGUUCAGCUAACUUUUGCACUGAGAUACCUGAACUUCUUUACAAAAGCCACUUCACUCUCUCCUACAAUAACACUCAGUAUGUCUGCAGAUGUACCCCUUGUUGUAGAAUAUAAAAUUGCUGAUAUGGGACAUUUAAAGUACUAUCUGGCUCCCAAGAUCGAGGAUGAAGUAGGAUCUUAGGCGGUCUUAAAAUCCAAGAA